AUGGCAAAUCCAGCCCUGCGGUCGCUUUCGCGGUCUGUCUUGACUUGCCCCUCGGUUCUUGGUACGGCUACGCUGCGUGUUGCGCCUCGACAACUUCGAUCCCUUCGUGGUUCUCGAUCCAUCCUGCCCUCUUUUCCGCGUUCCCAGGUCCGACACAGCUCGUAUCACUCACCCGAACCGACUACCAAUGCGCGCAAGAAGGUGACCAUGCAGACGUUGAAGAACUUGUACAAGAAGGGGGAGCCGAUUGCUAUGAUCACGGCAUGGGAUUUCCCUAGUGCUCAUGUAGCCGAGGCGGCGGGUAUUGAUGUUGUGCUGGUAGGAGAUAGCUUGGGGAUGGUGGCGAUGGGGCUGGAGAACACAACCGAGAUGGUAAUGGAUGAUAUGAUUUUGCAUUGUCGCAGUGUGGCUCGUGGAGCGAAGAGCUCGUUUAUUGUUGGUGAUCUGCCCAUGGGGUCCUAUGAGGUGAGCCCCGAGCAAGCCGUGCAAUCGUCCAUUCGUCUUGUCAAGGAGGGUCAUGUCCAUGCGGUGAAAAUUGAAGGUGGCGAGGAGCUGAGUCCGACGAUUAAGCGCAUUACUCAGGCUGGCAUUCCGGUCGUGGGCCAUAUUGGCCUUACACCCCAACGUCAAAAUGCGCUGGGUGGUUUCCGAGUCCAGGGCAAGACCUGCAAGGGUGCUCUGCAGCUUUUACAGGAUGCCAGGAUUAUGCAAGAAGCCGGUGCUUUCAUGCUUGUCCUUGAGGCAAUGCCGCAGGAGGUUGCAACCUUGAUCACAUCGAAACUCCAGAUUCCCACGAUAGGCAUCGGCGCCGGCAACGGCUGCUCCGGUCAAGUGCUUGUCCAGGUCGAUAUGACCGGCAACUUCGAGCCCGGCCGGUUCAUGCCAAAAUUCGUCAAGCAGUACGCUGAUGUGUGGAGUGAAGCGGCCCGCGGGAUCACACAGUACCGUGACGAAGUCAAAUCCCGCGCUUUCCCUUCAAAAGAAUACACCUAUCCGAUUUCGAAGGAGGAGCUAGCGGAGUUUGAAAAGGCAGUCGAGGAGAUGGAUCGUCAGUAA